AUGGAACUGUACAUGGAGUACGAAGUAAAGAUAAUCUCCAAAGAUCGCGAUGGUUAUAUAGGCGUAAGAGUGACCGCACAUCCGCAUUUCAAAAUGAAUCAGUUACCGAUUCGAGAAAAGCAGACCUACGAAUACCACGGUGACAACGGCAACUCGUUUUGCUCCUCCAGCAAUGGACAACUGUACGGGUCCACCUUUACCAACGGUAAUAUUAUUGGUUGUGGUGUAAAUUUAGUCGAUAAUACCUGUUUCUACACUAAGAACGGCCACCAUCUAGGAAUAGCGUUCAAAGAUUUACCGCCACGGAUAUAACUGACAGUGGGACUGCAAACACCCGGCGAAAUGGUGGACGCAGGGUUUGGUCAGGAACUAUGUCAAGAACCAUUCAAAUUCGACAUCGAAGACAUGCUCAGGGAGAUGCGAGCGGCUAUCAACACGACCAUUUACAGUGCUCCCCUAUCGGACGAUCAGACCGACUGGACUGUGAACUUGCAUGAAAUAGUCUCCUAGUAUCUUGUGCACCAUGGGUACAGCACGACGGCGGACAUGUUCGUCAAAACCACCGAGCAGUGA